AUGAUCUUCACCAAGAGUCUUCUCUCUAUGGCUGUCGCCGUGCUCCAGCUGGCUUCGCUCUCCAGCGCCGGCAUCGCCAGCAGAGCCAAUUCCGGCGCAGCUCAAGUCACCUAUUCUCACGACGGCAGAACUUGCUGCACUGACGGCGAGCCAGGGGCUGCCUUUACCGGAAGCAAAUGCGAGUACAACUCUCAUGUUUUGACUCCAAGUAUUCCGGACGACACCCAUGUGACCAAGUGCUGCUGGAAUAACGAGGCCAACGAUUUCCAUGUUCAUUAUGCCGACGACAAUGAAGUACGCCAAGUAUCACCCAUGGACAUUACAGGAAAUGCAACGGUGCCAAUCGAGAUCUGCAAUCUCGGCCUCAAGUGGAAUAUAACAGAGUACAUUCUCACCGACGACUACCUCGACAUCAACGUCAACCUGACCAUUGGUUGCGGACCGUUCAACUUGUGGGAUAGGGAGUGGAUUCGCAUUCACUUUGACAGCGUAUAUCGGGAUGCCGGCGAGUUUACUUAUGAAGUCAGCGAGAUCGGCCCAGCCAUUUAUGCGACAAUCACUUCCAAGAUUCACCGCAGCGAUUUCUCAGUCGACUUCCAUGGGGAGCUCACUGGAACGGGAAUCCUCAGGCAGCUAGACCAGUCGUUUGAUAAGAAUCUUAGAGCUGAUGAGGUGGCAGCUAUCCUCUCUGAGGUAGAUAUUUGUUAG